AUGCAAUUCAAGACCCUCACCCUCACCCUCCUCACCACAGCGACUGCCACCGCAACCCUCGACAUCGCCUUCAGCGGCUACUACCUAACCGAAUGCGUCUCACCGAGCAUCGAAUCCGCCAACGUGAUCUCCGGCGCCUGCGGCCCCGCCAACGGUCUCCCUCUGAAAUCUUUCUCCGCGCACAUCUACUCCGGUGCUUGUGAUGAGGGUACCGCGCCGGUGUUGAAGAUGUAUACGGCGACGGGAUGUACGGAGGAUUCCCUGUAUGGGGAGUAUGAGGUUACGAGUGAGACGCUGUGUUGGGAGGUGGAUGCCACGUUUUUGAGUAAUGAGGUUGUUUGCGAAUAGAGAAUAUAUCGUGAGGGAGAUGGGGUCGGCUGGUUGGGUUGCUUGGUUGGGUGUAUGAGGACUAGUGAGUAGUGG